UUUCAUUGACCAAAGAGAGAAGAAUGGAGGGCUUGAUUCAGUGCUCUGCAAACCCCGUCCCAUUGACUCCAAUAAGCUUCUUGAAGAGGGCAGCCAUUGUCCAUGGCGACAAGACCUCCAUUGUCUAUGGAAGCACCUUCAAGUGUUCUUGGGGACAGACCUACCAGACAUGUGUAAGGCUCGCUUCGGCUCUUCACAGGCUAAACAUCUCCCGCGGCGAUAUCGUUGCGGCCUUGGCACCAAAUGUUCCGGCAAUGUACGAGCUGCAUUUCGGGGUCCCGAUGGCCGGGGCAAUCCUUUCCGCCCUUAAUGUGAGCUUGGAUGCACAAACUUUAGCAAUUCUGCUGAAGCAAUUGGACCCCAAAAUUAUCUUCGUUGAUCACACGUCCAUCCGUCUAUUAUUGAAAGCCACGCAACUGGACCCCCAUUUCCAUGAAAAUCCCAAGCCCCUUCUGGUGGCAAUUCAUGAACUCGACCCGCCAACGCCCUCCUCAAACCUCAACCUUCCUGCGGGCUUUCUAGACUAUGGCACCCUAUUGGAGUCAGGAGAUUCCAACUUUGAGAUAAUUUGGCCUGACAAUGAAUGUGAUCCGAUAUCGGUGAACUUCACUUCGGGCUCCACAGGGAUUCCCAAAGCAGCCGUAUAUAGCCAUAGGGCAGCCUACUUGAAUUCCAUAGGGAUGAUCUUCCUCUCUGAGAUUGUGAAGCCGCCCGUGUUCCUUUGGACUGUUGACAUGUUUCGCUGCAACGGGUGGUGCUUCCCAUGGGCAAUGGCGGCUCUCGGUGGAACUAACAUAUGCCUUCGAGAAAAUUACACUUCAACUCCAGAGACCAUCUUGGACUUGAUAGUCCGCCAUAAGGUGACUCUUUUAUGUGGUAAACCUAUGAUUCUGAACCUCCUCGCUGGUGCAGCUAACCCGGAACCCUUACCCUGUCAAGUGGAUGUGUUCGUCUCUGGUCCAUUGCCGCCUGUCCAUGUGAUCAUGAGGGUUAAGGACAUGGGCUUUAAUGUGAAGGUUGGUUAUGGAAUGACGGAGGCCCUCGGUCCCGCUAUUAUGAAGCCUUGGAGUCCAGAAAAUGGUUUUGCUUCGCCUACAUUGGGCCUAGACAUAGAUGUGAAAGAGCCGAUCACAAUGAGAAGCGUGCCGAGUGAUGGUACCACCGUCGGAGAGGUGAUGUUACGAGGCAACACAUUGAUGACGGGCUACUUAUCGAAUCCACAAGGGACAGAACGAGCAUUUAAUGGCGGGUGGUACAAUACAAGAGACAUUGGAGUGAGACUCCCAAGCGGUCACAUUCAGUUGAAAGACCGAGCUGUGGACAUAAUCACCUCGGGGCCCAAUCGGUUCGUAAGCAGUCUUGAAGUGGAAGAAGUGCUAGCUUGCCACCCUGAGGUUGUUGAGGCCGCAGUUGUUGGAGUCUCCGAUGAGGAAUCGGGAGGGCAAGUGCCCUGUGCAUUCUUGAAAGUAAGGAAUGGAAGCGAUGUGAAAGAAGAACAUAUUAUUGAGUUUUGCACAGCGCGUCUGCCCAGUCAAAUGGUUCCGAGAAUAGUUUGGUUCGGGGACCUGCCCAUGAAUUCGACCGGAAAGAUACAGAAAUAUGUGCUUCGGCAGAGGGUUAAUGCCAUGGGAAGUUCUCAGAUGAAUUGCAAUGCCAAAUAUUAGCUUAAUAAAUCAAAAGGGAAUUUCUCUGUCAAAUCAAAUCUUACUUUUCCUAUUUAUCCAGGUACAGUAAUUUGAUUCCUUAAGCUUCAGAUGAAUGUUCAAGUAGCAACAUAAAGGUCGAUUCAUGCACCGAAAGGGACCUGUAGUUCCACUCGAGAUUUAGCCAUGUAAGGUUGUGCUCUGUCCCUUCUCUCCGAGAACAAAACAAUUAAUUCUCUAGCGUA